AUGCCUCAACAGAUGGUGUUGCUUGCAUAUAUUAUAGGAGCCUUAUCCCUGGUCCUUCACUUUCUAGUCGCAGCACUAGCAACCGAGCCCAGGUAUUCUGUUGUUGAACGCUUGGACAAGAUUCCAGAUGACUGGGUAGAUGUUGGAACGCCUUCCCCGUCGAAGCCGAUCGAACUUCAGCUAGCAGUACACCCAGAAAAAGUAUCUGAAUUUGAACAAAGGGUCAUCGAAAUCUCCACUCCAGGAAACAAGAACUAUGGACAUCACAUGAGUCGUGACGAGGUCAGGAAAGUCUUAUAUCCAUCUGACGUAGCUCCGCAGAAGGUCCUCUCUUGGCUUGAAGCUGCGCAUAUACCUGCCACAUCUAUCAACAAUCAAGCAGGUUGGUUUACUUUUACCAUUUCAAUUUCGCAAGCAGAGCAGCUGCUGAGGACACGGUUCUAUAUCUUCGAGCACAAGAAAUCGAAAGCAACCGUCGUCCGGACUCUCAAAUAUUCGGUGCCCAAAGAUAUUCGGUAUUUUGUUCAGAUGAUUCAGCCAACAACCCGGUUUGGGCAGCUGAUGCCACAAGCUGAGCCGCCACUCCUUCAAGCGCUGCCUGUCACCCUCAAAGACCUAGUUGCAGGCUGUUCAUCAAUAGUCACCCCUAGCUGUCUCCGCGACCUUUAUGGAAUCCCUGAUUCUAAAUCCAAGCCAGACCGUCGUAACAGGCUGGGGGUAUCUGGUUUCCUGGGCCAGUACGCGCGCUAUAGUGACUUUCAUCAAUUCUUGCGCCUCUAUGCACCGAAUCUGACAGACACUAACUACACCGUGGCGCUCAUCAAUGGUGGCCUCAAUUUGCAAGAUUCUUUGGAGGACAGCUCCGAGGCAAGCUUGGACAUCCAGUACGCUGCUGCGCUAGCCGAUAACCCCAUCACAACCUUCUAUAGCACCGCCGGACGUGGCCCUGUUAUCCGUGAAUUAGGGCAUCAUGACGCAGGUGAUCCUCACGAGCCGUACCUUGAACAGCUUCGUUAUCUGUUAGAUCUCCCCGAUGACGAAUUGCCUGCUGUCCUAACUACGUCCUACGGUGAACUAGAACAGAGCGUGCCCGAAAUAUAUGCGAGAACCACAUGUAGCAUGUUUGCUCAGCUGGGAGCGCGCGGAGUGUCUGUGAUCUUCAGCAGCGGUGAUUCGGGCGUCGGGGAGUCUUGUAUAACUAAUAACGGGACGAAUCGGACAAGGUUCCAGCCACUUUACCCGGCAACAUGUCCUUUCGUUACGUCCGUGGGAGGCACCUACGCUAGGGAGCCCGAACGGGCUAUUGGGUACUCCACAGGUGGUUUUUCAGAGUACUUCCCGCGUCCUUCCUACCAGGAUGGCAGUGUCCACCAAUACCUCAGUCAACUGGAGUCCAGAUGGGAAACGCUUUACAAUCCCAAUGGAAGGGCGAUUCCCGAUGUUGCUGCUCAGGCGGAUCAUUUCAUCAUCAUGGACCAUGGGCAGCUUCUGAAGACUGGAGGCACCAGUGCUGCGGCGCCUGUAUUUGCUGGUAUUGUUUCCCGGCUGAAUGCAGCUCGACUGGAAAAUAACAAGCCGCGGUUGGGGUUCCUCAACCCUUGGCUCUAUUCUCUCAACCAGACGGGGUUUACCGACAUCAUUGAUGGAGGGUCGGUAGGGUGUUUUGGUGACGUUGGACGGGAGGUGCCGUAUGCAAGCUGGAAUGCAACCGCCGGGUGGGAUCCCGUCACGGGGCUUGGGACACCCUACUAUGAGACACUCCUUGAACAGGCGAUGUCUAUAUAG